UCUCUCACGCACCUUUCCUACAUACCCUCUCUUUGUCCUUCCGCUCAAUCUCCACCAUUUAUCUUCUUCAAACCCAAUUCAAGGCUCUCUCACUUUUUUCUUAACCCACAAACAAAAAUACAAAAAAAAUGAACUUUAACCCACUUUCUCUCCACGCAUAAACUUUCUCUUCCCAUCCAAGAAACUCCCAUCCCAAAUCCCACUUCCCAAACACAAAAAAAUAAUGUCAGGUGGGGUUGGUCCAUGCAGUGACAUUCGUCUCCCAAAAGAAGAACAAGAACUAGACAAAAAGCUCCAACAUGACACCUACUCAAAAACCCACCCUCCAACCACCACUACCGCCGCCGUGGGCGGCGGUUUCUUCACUUUCCGGCAGCUCAACGCCCUCGCUGUCGUCAUCGUCCUCUCCGCCAGCGGCAUGGUAAGUCCAGAAGACUUUGCCUUCGUCUUCUUCUCCUUCAUCUACAUGUACCUAAUCUCAAAGGUGGCAUUCCCAACUCUCUCUCCUCCCUCCUCCACCACACAACCAUCAGUCUUUCGCCGGAAUAACAAGAUUCUAGCCCUUUACACCUUCGCCGGAGCCGCCAUUGGGCUCUUUCUCCCCAUAGCAUACAUUUUUGAAGGCAUUUUUGAAGGUGACAAAGAGGGUAUCAAAGCAGCAGCACCCCAUGUUUUUCUCUUAGCAAGUCAGGGUUUCAUGGAAGGAGUGGCGUUUUCGGACCGGCUUUCGACCCCGAUUCGGGUUUUCGUACCGGUUUUUUACAAUUCGAGGAGGAUUUUCACCAUUGUCGAAUGGGUUAGAGAUGAGAUUUCGAAAGUGGAUGCGCAAGAUAGUGGGAGCUCAAGGAGGUUGUAUGUGGGAAGAGCUCUUGCAGUUGCAAACAUGGUGUUUUGGAGCUUCAAUCUUUUUGGGUUUUUGUUGCCUGUUUAUCUUCCUAGAGCUUUUAAGAAUUACUACUCUGGUGCUGCUGUCAAGGUUAAAGACUGAAAUGUGUUGCAAAGUCUUGUUUUCUUUUUGCGUUGUGAUGUUAUGCACUACUUGUUUUUCUUGUUUUUUAUAUUUCUUAUUUCGUUUGCUUUGGUUGGGCAAAGAAAAAUGUAUGUUUUGUUGUUUUGUCUAGGUUUUGAAGUGUGCCAAUCAAUUUUUUUAUGAGCAAGGUUCAGUGCCAAUCAUUUACCUUCUUUUAA